GAAUAACAACGGUACUGACGAUGACAACAAUCAGUACAGGAGUACGACAAUCAUUACCUCGUAUUAGUUAUGUUAAAAGUAUUGAUAUCUACCUUGUGAUGUGCUUUAUGUUCGUUUUCGCAGCUUUAUUGGAGUAUGCAGCAGUAAACUAUUCCUAUUAUGGCGGUCGAAGUCGACACCGUGAAAUUGCCAUUAGCGAAUGGCCUAGCAACAACAAGCAGCGGCGCAGUACGAAGGACAAAGAAGACACAGAAGGAAGUAUCAAUCUGCGUGAUUUGGUCCCUCGUUCACUUAUUGAGGAGCGUGGUGAACGUAAACGUUCGGCAUCACCACUGCCAUCACUGAUGCAGAAGACCAAUAAAGUUGAGGAACUAGGUGUCCCGGAUUAUCCAAGGCUCAUCACCACUGCUAAAUUUCGUUACGGUAAACGGUAAGC